AUGUAUACAGAACAACUGAAUACUAGAGAAACCAAAACCUCAAACACUUCAUUUGCUGAGGCUUUAGCAAUAGCAGAAUCUGAAAAAGAAUUUGGAGGCUUCAUUCAAAGCUUAUUUGAUGGUUCCUAUGCUUCUGAGGUAAAUGAAAUCGAUUGCUUAAAUAUAGGAUACUCCACUACCUUGAGGAAACAAGAUUCCACUUCAUCUAUUCCAAGUGUAUCCUGCAAUGAUAGAGAUACGCUUGAAGAAUUCAGCCACGACUUAGCUCCUUCAACAAAAAACUCAAUUGGAUCUGCCGCCACUAUUGGAAGAAUCAAGAAGAGAAAUUCAUGGGCCUUUCCAAAUCGGGGAAUUCACAAGUCACCAUUCUUAUCUCAUUCAAGAAAGCUGGUUAGUUUCUCGUCACCAGUAUCUAGUUCUAUCAAUUCUUCCAGGUCUAUUUCUCCUAGCUAUGUUUCAAAUUUGCAAGUUUCACCUCCUCCGUAUGGAAUGCCUUUACUCAAUGGUACUGAGACUGAAUUGAUUGCUGGGUUUUUGGAUGUUGAAACUACCAAUGAUUGUAUCAGUCCUUUGCAUUUAUCCGAUCUUCCAUCUACAGAACGGUCAGGAUCAACUGGAAUCCAAAUUAAGAUUACUCCACCACCUAUGGGUUGUGGAUCAAGUUACAAUCAACCGAUUUUUGAGACCCUCUCCGGGGUAAGCUUUGUUAGUACAUCCAAUAACGAAAACUCCAUCGAUAAAAAUCUUGCAGCGGGUACUCCAUCAUUGUUUGUUAACGACUGGUCUCACCAACCACCAAACGUUCCAAGACUGCUAAGACCCGAGGCUCAAGGGUCGUAUUCAUUUGACGGAAUUCCAGCCUCCAUGCCAUUCGUCGAUGUUCAAGAUCCCACCUGUAACCCAAGUACCAACUCCAAAAUCGUCUCGCCACUCCCUAUCAACAAAUGUGCAUUCCAGCCAUCUUCUUCAAGAUCGAACUCCUCGGAAAGCGUUCUCCCACGCUCCAAAAUCUUAAAAUUCGCUUCUGGUUCCAGGCGCUCAAAUUCUCAAAAGAAUCCUCCAAUUUAUACCUGUCCAAUCUGUAACAAGAAACUCACUCGUCGAUCAAAUCUUCAUUCUCAUAUGGAAAUCCAUUCCGGAAUCAAACCAUUCAAUUGCCAAUAUUGUCAUCGUGGAUUCUUGAGAAAGAAUGAUUGCGCAAGACAUGAGAAUUUACAUACGAAGGAGAAACAAUAUAUAUGUCGGGGAUACUUGAAGGAUGGCAGUGAAUGGGGAUGUGGAAGGAGUUAUCUUAGGGCUGAAUCUUUAAGAAGACAUUUUGAGACUGCUAUGGGAAGAGAAUGUAAGAGACCUUUAUUGGAAGAGGAAAAUGGAAAUCACGAUAGAGGUGUUGAGGAAGAUGAAUCGUAG